AUGGCUGCUGGGUCCCCAGAGGACAGGAGGAAGCUGCUCACGCAGCGGGCGCGGCUGCUCGGGGUUUGCAGUGGGGGAGGGGCCGGAGCUUUCCCCUCGCGCUCCGAUUGGUCAGGGCUCUGUCUCCGCUGCCCAUUGGCUGUGUCGGGAGCGGCUGGUGUUCCAGGGGCGUCACGUGGCCGCGAGGCGCUCGGGAGGUGGGUGCUGAGCAGCUCGUGGUGCGGCCUGGAGCGCGAGCGGGUUCAGUACCUGCUUAGCCAACUGCAGCAGAAAGAAGCAGCAGAGGAGAAGCUGGAGGAUUCUCUCACCGAGAACAAGCAACUGCUACUUGAGUGGCUUGAGUUCCAGGAUGAAGAGCUUGAGAAAAUGAGGGAACUUUGUGAGAAGAACCACAAGCUUCUCCAGGAGAAUGAGUCCCUCAAACAGCCAAAGAUUCGCCAUCAGACAACUGCAAAACCCCAUGCACAGACCCCAGAAAUGUCUGAAUCUGGGGAUACUGGAGGGGAGAUGGAAGAUGCAGAGUGGGUGCCAAUAAAAGCAGCCGAAGGAUUCAAGAAAAGCCUGUUGGGUAUGAUCCAGGUGCCUUUCUCUGCCUCCAACUUGGGUUACUAG